CGGAGGCGGCGCCCCGCAGCGGCCGUCUGCUAGCGAUUAUUGACAGCUGAAACUGUCAACAUCGUGAAUUCAUUCCGCAUAAACACAAGCCACGGUCGCCUGGCUACCAUUCACGAUCACGCCGAAACGCGAAUAGCACGUGGCGAUCUAUUUUAAAACGAUAGCAGUUUCCAAAAUAUAACAAAACGCUGGCAGUGAUCGCCCACAUGGACUGUAUUGCCCGCGUAUAACUUCCAUAAAUGUUUAUUUCAAAAAAUUGUGUGAAUACAAACAAUGGUCUUCGGCCGCAAGUGGAGGGAAUAUGGGACAGCACUGAGUGCGACCUUGAUCACGGCGGCGGCGGGAACUACAGUGGGUUGGACGUCUCCCACACUCCCGAAACUACGAGACAAAGACUCGCUUAUUCCAACAACGGCGGAUCAGAGUUCAUGGAUUGCCUCUCUAAUGAUAUUAAGUUCAGCAUUAAGCCCCAUCCCGGCAUCGUACCUCGCAGACAGAAUUGGAACAAAGAAAACGUUGCUUCUCGCAGCAAUUCCUUACAUCCUGGGCUGGAUCCUGGUGAUGCUCGCGACCAACGUCCCAACAAUAUACGCAGCUCGGCUUAUAUCGGGUUUAGGUUACGGCAUCGCAUACACAACAGCUCCUAUGUACCUUGGUGAAAUCGCAUCGAAUGAAGUGCGAGGAGCUAUGGCCACCCUCAUCACAGUAAUGUCUAAGUUUGGGAUCCUGUCACAAUACUGCAUAGGGCCCUACGUAUCUAUGCUAGGACUGGCGAGUUUCAACAUUGCCAUACCUAUACUGUUCGUUGUAACCUUUAGUGCUAUGCCGGAGUCGCCUUACUAUUACCUCAAAUCCGGACAAUCACAUUUAGCUGAGAGAUCUCUAAAAAAGCUUCGAGGUCGUGAUUACAUGAUGGAAGAAUUAGAUAGUAUGACCCACCUUGUCAAUGAGAAUAUGAAGGAAAAGAGUCGGUGGAAGGAUCUUGUCACCGUAGGUGGUAAUAAAAGAGGACUGAUAAUUUUGCUAGGAAUAUAUUUUACCCAACAAUUUUGUGGUAGUACCGCGAUCAUAUCGUACGCGGAACAAAUAUUUGGAGCUGCGGAGGGCGGAUUAGGUGCUCGAGAAUCGUGUAUAGUGGUUGGUUCGGUCCAGUUACUGACCUCCGCAAUUUCAUCACAAUUAGUUGAUAGAUUAGGAAGAAAACCUUUACUGUUAGUUUCAUCUUGCGGCGUUGGUCUUGCUAAUGUUAUUAUAGGAGCGUACUUUUUCAUGAAAUAUGCAAACAGUGAGUACGUUGUUAACUUAAAAUUCAUUCCUGUCGUUGUGAUACCAAUAUUCAUAUUUUCCUACACUAUCGGCCUGGCUACGGUUCCGUUUGCUAUAACAUCAGAAAUAUUUCCGACACACAUAAAAUCAAAAGCCACUUGUAUAAUUCAAAUAUGUGUUGCCUUAAUGACAUUCGCAGUUACUAAGUUAUAUCAAGUGAUCGCGGAUAACUUAGGUACAUAUGUCGCAUUCUGGAGUUUCGCCUUACUGUCGGUAGGUGGCGUUAUAUUUAUAUUAAUACUACUUCCUGAAACAAAAGGUCAAUCGUUCGCUGCCAUACAAGAGAGGUUAUACAGUAGUGAUAAAGUUGUGUAUGAAAAGAGGGACGGUGAUGUGGCAAGAGUACGGAUAAAUUUAUGAAACUCACAAUUCGAAGGUGCUAUACCUGUACUUAAUAUUUCCGUCCUUUUUAUAAAUAAAGCAUUCCGCAGAUAUUUUACACAUAUAUUUUAAUGCUACUUGUGUCAUAUCGUAUAGACCUUGACUACCUUAUUUAAAAUAUAUCUCAAAUAGGAUAUUGUGAUAACCUACUCGAUAAUAAUCUUGUCUUUGAACUAGAUAGAGAUACCUAAAUAAUAAUUCCUUAAAUUCCAAAACGUCUCAGUAAUCAGUAUUUGAAUAUCUAUACCGAAACCGGUCCUUUUUAAGUAAUUCUUUGGAUUACUCGGAGUAAUGUUUUCGGUGUAUGAUAUAAUUUUGUGAUAACGCUUAAAUUGUAUAGUCCUCAUACUGUAACACCCCUAACAAACUUAAAACCAAAUGGGUCCAACAUAUUAGGAAAAAUCUAAAAAUGUGAAAUCAUAUUGUAAUUGUUAUAUUAAAUAAAUGUAAAGUAUUUUUAGAGAAUUUAUGAGGUGUAGCAGUAAAUCUUUAGAUAUAAUCUGUAUAAUUAAGUUUUUAAUUCUUGUAAGAAAAGCUUUAAUACCAAAAUAUAUAUUAAAAAAGAUCUUCCAUUGAAAGGUGACAAAUAAAGUAAAAAUACGUUAAUAAUAGAGUGCCUUGCAAUCGAUUUUGUUAUUCUGAAUAAUAAUAUUUGUAGAUUAUCUAGUAAUGUAACAAAGAAUCCAAAUAUUAUUUAAUACAUAUAUAGUAUAUGUUUAAACAAUAUUAGAUGUUUAUAAAACAAAAUGAAUAACAAAAUAUUAUUUUGUAACUAAACUGUAAUUAUCAAACUAUUUUAUAAUAUAUGAAAAUUUAAUCAUUUUGUUAAAGGAGCUAUUUUAUAAAAUAAACUCAUAAGUGUGGCCUUUAAUAGCUCAUUUUUAUCUGAAAUAGCCGCAUACACAGACCACAGAUUUAAUCAUGGCUAACUUUAUAAGUCUUUCAAACAAACGAUUAGAAAAUUAACAAGAUAUAUUUGUAAUACCUAUUUUAAUAAAAGAAAGUUUCAAACGUACUAGCAAUCUAACCCAUACGUUUAAGCUAAACAUUAUCUGUUGGUCUCUUUAUGUUUUAACUGAUUUUAUCUGUAAUUAAAUUGUAUUGUGAUCCUAUUUACAUUCCUAGUGCCUUAAAUAUUGUGUGCCAUUUACAUCUGUGCAAACUGAUCUGAAAACUUGGAUCAUAGAACUAAGAGAAAUUAUAUAUUGUGAUUGUUAA